CGUGGUCCAAUGAAAACGUCGCUUUCUCUUACGGAGAGCCAAUGAGGUUGACGGAUACGCGUCCACCAGGAAGUGCAGAGGGCUUCAGGUGGUGGUACGAGCUGUUGGCGGGGUGCACGGACCUACGACAUGUUCAGCCAAAGCAACAGCAACCGUGUGUGACGGUGUUCUGUAAACGCUGCGCAGCACACCUCAAGUCAAAAUGGCGUUAUUACAGCGAAUGAGAAACACACCAGGCUCGAAUGCUACAGAGAUAGAGAAGAAAAUUAAAAGAGGUAAUGCGCUGCGGCAGGGAUCAUCAUGGAGGGGGUCCCGAGUUAUGGGCUUGCUGCUGGUCAUUCUGUCCGUGGCGGCUAUGUGGCUGUAUGUGACCUCACUGGACAGUGACAUCACAGAAACACUAGUCCGCCGGGGUGAGCUGGUCUCUCCUCAGCCCAGAGUCUUCACUGUCCCGUGCUCUGAGGACUACGACAACUACAAACGCUAUCCAGGAUGCACCCCUCAGAAGUGUGGCCGCGCGGUCACAGACAGCGUGGUGACAAGGGAGGAAGCUCAGGUCCUCAGGAGGCUGGCGGAGAGAGGGCUGUCACUGGCUGGGUCAGAGGGAGGGGCUUCUAUACUGGAUCUGCACUCUGGAGCAUUGUCGAUGGGGAAACAGUUUGUCAACAUCUACAGGUAUUUUGGGGAUCAGAUCAGGGAUGUGUUCACACAAGAGGAUUUCCAGCUUUACAGAAAUGUCCGCGGGCGAAUCCAGGCAGUUAUUGCCGAGACAUUUGGUUUGGACCCGACUCUGAUGUACCUCACCAAGCCCACCUUCUUCUCCAGAAUCAACAGCACGGCGGCCAAGACCCAACACGACGAGUACUGGCAUCCGCACAUAGAUAAGGUGACUUACGGCUCAUUUGACUACACCUCGCUCCUGUACCUAUCUGACUAUGGCUCUGACUUCACUGGAGGAAGAUUUAUCUUCAUGGACCAAAAUGGCAACAGGACAGUGGAACCACGGGCAGGACGAGUCUCCUUCUUCUCUUCCGGCACUGAAAACCUCCACCGUGUGGAGAAGGUGACGUGGGGGACGCGUUACGCCAUCACAGUGUCCUUCACCUGUGACCCUGCACACGCCAUCUCUGACCCCGCCUUGCCCUGAGGCACCCACGGGUGACGCCGCUGCUCACUGGCUCGAACCAGCCCUGCAGCAAAGAGAAGAGAUCAGAGGGGAGAGACGAGGGAGGGCGAAGUGAGAUUUUACUCGGAACAUCAAUGUCCUGUUGCUGCGCGGUCAAUAUCUGUAAUUUUCUUUUAUUUUCAGAUACUGACUCACUGCCCCUCACUGAUUGUGCCACAGAAACAAAGCACACACACUCACUCUCUCUUCUGUGGAGGUGUUUUCUUAUUUUUUAUCACCUGUGUGUUUUUAUCCAAUUUUCUACAGCAGUGUAUCUUUUUAUUGCACCAUCAUAAUUGCUAGAAUUAAGUUUUCUGUGUUCUCACCACAUUUCCGCAAUCUUGUUGAUCAUUCCGGGGACGGCUUGAGCAGAGAAUGCCUCUCGACUGAAACCGUUUCAAAGAGGCUAAAGUGGGAUUUUGUGUUUUCUGCGUCUCGGGGUGUGUUUUUUUUUUAUUUUGAGGAGAGAUAUAAAUCUUGGGAAUCACCAACUGAAGCAGUCUUUCAUCGCAAAUUCCCCAUUCAUACUCGCCCUCACCCAUGACCAAUGAGGUGUUUUCUUCUGAGAAGAACCCUCUCUUUGUCCAGGAGUGAUUGCUUUUCUUACUUGGUUGUCAUUUACCUCCAUGUGGUCAGUGAGGACGAUUUAAAAUAAAAUAACUGACAGAA